AUGAAGGUGCCUCCUCAAAGUCCAGUGAUCGGGAGCAGGAGCUCUGGAUCAAAAAGCAAAUGGUCGCUGAACGAGACAACAACAACAACAUCAUCAUCAUCAUCGCCGAUACCAACUCUUACUCGAAAGCAACAACAAUCAGUAGAAACAACCAUGUUGUUCACAAACAAUCAAAUGCCGCUGCUUCAAUCGAGCCCGGACAUUUUUUCAACCUGGUCUAUGAUGGACACAGAAGACUCAAGUAAUGAUGCCUCUUUCGAAACCGAAGACAGGAUUAUAAGUAAGCUGAACGAAGCAAAUCCGGAGUCAUGGAUCACAAGUCCGCAUAAUUAUUCAUGCACUAUAGCCCCCGGCUGGCAACCACCAUUGUUGCCAGCGUUACCGGACAAAGACCCAUCACUUGAUCCACAAAAGCUUAAAUCAUGUCACUGGGCCCCCGAGGCUACUAAGCCCGUACAUGAGCCCAAAUCUGACAUGGCUGUACAAAUGAGCCUGGACGCUAUCGACGGCACUACCACACCGUUGGCCGCGGCGGACGUUCUCUAUUUUCCGGCCCUUGAGAUGAGUAUUGUGAAUGAAAACGACGGCAGCGCCUCCAAUGACACAUCGGAUGCUGGUUGUACAUGCCUGCAGCAGCAAACUGAGUUACUGUGCAAAUUGAAAACAUCGCGUCGAGGAAAACAACAGCAACAACAACAAUCCUUCAACUGCCUUCUGGUUUGCGCACAAGACGCAUUCUGCGUCUGGGAUAAGCUGAUAGAAUGCAAUACCUGCGCCCAAAACAAGGACCAGGAGGUUCUCGUACUUGCUGUGAUGUGCAUUCGUGUGUUAUUAAGUCAAAUCCGGCACGCAAACUGGACCAGUGGCGAUGACGACCGUGACUCUGUCGACAGCUUCAAUAACAGGCCCCAGUCUGGCGCAUCGCCACAGUUAGAGAUAAGCAGCGAUGCAUUGCGACUUCAGAUUCGGUUUGGUGAAUAUGAAGUGGUGGGUGCGGACAAGCUAGAGAUGUUAGACGUCUUGCGGUCAUCCAUACUGCGAAAGAUCGAGACCACUCUCAUGUCCUUGACGGAUAUCUUGGAGCGGAGAAAGACAGCGUAA